GGAGCAAAGCGCCGCGCAUGCGCACUGUCGUUGUUUUCCACAAAGCUUAAAAUGAGCUGGCAGCGGCAGACUACUUGUCUUUGUAGAGAGACCACAGAGCUGGCGGGCAGGAGCUGCGAGCAGCAUCUUAUGCUGGUACUUUUGAAGAAAUCCCCGAUGAAGUGCUCGUAGAGAUCACACUGAUCCUGCCUGCAGCCUUUUUCGCAGAGCAGAGAAACUGAUCAGUGUCAAGUGAAGAUCGCAUUUUUAUAUGAGAUCUUGACUUCCUUCCCCUUUUUUUCUUAUAGUGUAUUUUUAUAGACUUUUAUUAUUAAAAAAAAAACUAGUAACAUGGUGCUGGGGAAGGUGAAGAGUUUGACAAUAAGCUUUGACUGUCUUAAUGACAGCAAUGUCCCCGUCUAUUCUAGCGGGGAUACAGUCUCAGGAAGGGUGAAUUUAGAAGUGACUGGAGAAAUUAGAGUCAGAUCACUUAAAAUCCAUGCAAGGGGACAUGCGAAAGUACGCUGGACUGAAUCUAGAAAUGCUGGCUCCAACACUGCCUACACACAGAAUUACACUGAAGAAGUAGAAUACUUCAAUCACAAGGAUAUCUUAAUUGGGCACGAAAGAGAUGAUGAUAAUUCUGAAGAAGGCCUCCAUAUCAUUCAUUCAGGAAGACAUGAAUAUGCAUUCAGCUUUGAGCUUCCACAGACACCACUUGCUACCUCAUUUGAAGGCAGACAUGGCAGUGUGCGCUAUUGGGUGAAAGCAGAAUUGCACAGGCCUUGGCUUCUACCAGUAAAAUUAAAGAAGGAAUUUACAGUCUUUGAACAUAUAGAUAUCAACACUCCUUCAUUACUGUCACCCCAAGCAGGCACAAAAGAAAAGACUCUCUGUUGCUGGUUUUGUACCUCAGGCCCAAUAUCCUUAAGUGCCAAAAUUGAAAGGAAGGGCUAUACCCCAGGUGAACCAAUUCAGAUCUUUGCAGAGAUUGAAAACUGCUCAUCUCGAAUGGUAGUGCCAAAGGCUGCCAUUUAUCAAACACAGGCAUUCUAUGCUAAAGGGAAAAUGAAGGAAGUAAAACAGCUGGUUGCCAACUUGCGCGGAGAAUCUUUGUCAUCAGGGAAGACAGAAACCUGGAAUGGCAAGCAGUUAAAAAUUCCACCUGUGUCCCCAUCCAUCCUUGAUUGUAGCAUAAUCCGUGUAGAAUAUUCUCUAAUGGUAUAUGUGGAUAUUCCAGGUGCAAUGGACUUGUUUCUUAAUUUACCACUUGUCAUUGGUACUAUUCCUUUACAUUCAUUUGGCAGCCGAACAUCAAGUGUGAGCAGCCAGUGUAGCAUGAAUAUGAACUGGCUUGGUCUGCAUGAAAGACCAGAAGCACCUCCUAGCUAUGCAGAAGUGGUCACUGAGGAGCAAAGACAGUCUAGUCUAGCACCCGUAACUGCUUGCGAUGACUUUGAAAGAGCACUUCAAGGACCAUUAUUCGCCUACAUCCAAGAGUUUCGAUUCCUGCCUCCUCCACUUUAUUCUGAGAUUGAUCCAAAUCCAGAUCAGACCUCAGAUGACAGGCCAUCCUGCCCCUCUCGCUGAAAGAAUGUCUCCCAAAAAUGUUGAGAUGGGUCUGAAUCAUAUUUUAACUGUAUUCAGGAUAAAGACGUCCUAUAGAAACAGGCUUUGAAAGGAAGUUAUUGCCUAAAAGAAAAGGAGAAAUAAUGAAACAUCCUGUGAUUAUGCUUUUGAAGUCUACAGCAAACAUCAUAGGACUGCUCCACAUGCUUGAAGACCUGGGCUUUCUCUUUCUGUUCUAUAAUGGCACAUACUAAGAGCAGCCUUAAUAGCCUACACGUGUCAAAAUACUUACCAUGUUGCAAGAGGGAUAACAUUCUCCUUUUAUUUGAAAAUUUGCACAUGCUCAAUGCUUUUGUUGUGCAGUUCAGUGUCACUACAGCUUUUUCUCAUUUAUGUUGGACUGUUAACCUCUUCUAACUUGUUUGUGGUCCGCACAACAAGGAGCAAAAGAAAGCUUUGAAAACUUUGAUACAAAUGCACUGACUUUUUUUAUUUAGAUAAACAAUAUAGGUUGGACUUUUUCUGCAUAUGCACAUGUUCAGAAUUGUCCCAAUAAGACUGAUCCAUGCAUCACCUCUUCAGCUUGGAUCCUCUUGUGGAUUUAUUACAAACAUCAAAUGCCUUCAACCAAUCCUUGCUGUAUGUUUCACAGCCUACUAUAGUAGACAAGCAACAGAUUCGAGGGGCGAAAGUAACAAAAGAAAACAAUAGGAUUUUUUGUCAGGAGUGUGUAUCUUAAUUCCUUUUUAAGCAUUUGUUGCCUUUCUACUAUUACUGCAAAGACGAAUUUUGUUACAGACUGCCUAAAAUCACUUAAUCUCAGGUGAACUCAUCACUUGCCAAAAUGUUGAAAUGCUACUUGUGUUUAUGUUGCACUGUUGAGUUCUUUUUUCCUCUUUUGUUUUUGUUACUUCGUUUUCUUUGAAAAGGGGACUUGGAAAAGGGACAUACAUAUAUUAAGACAUCCUCAUUUCUUAUUAUCUAGCCAAAACAUGAAACAUAAUUAAGAGUUUGGCCAAAUUCCUAGAAGACCCAUGUAGGCAAUAGCACCGAACAUAUCAGCAAGAGUUGAGGAGGAAAGUUAUACAUGAUUUAUAAAAUUACUCACGUAGGGAUUUCUUAGCUAGGUGGUAUGGGUAGGGAAAGUAAAUUUAUUUUUAUAUGUAGUUAACUCAUGACCAGAAACGUGUAAAAAAAUUUAUAGUGAAAUUUUAGUCAGAUUAGGGUGGGCAUCUCAAGUGAGCAGUAUCUCUUUUAAGAUACUUUAGAACAUAUUUUCUGGGGACUGCUAUUUCAAAUAUAUUCUCUACUAAAAAUGAAAGUGACUCAGUAGUAAAAUCGUUGAUAUAAUUAGCAGGUUUGCUUUGCUUAAUUUGAGGAUGGGUAACAUUACAAGGAAUUGACUAGUAGGUGAUUGGGGUGGAAUCUCAGCACAAAUGCUAAAAUAUUUAAUUUUUAAAAAGUCACAACUAUCACCUUUUGGAAAACUCGACUCAUUUUUUACCAAAAUAACUAUUCUAAUUUUCAAGUGGCAAGAAUUGAGUUCAUGUAUUGCUGACCAAGUGUUGAUUUUAUCAAUAGAUUGGCUUUGGACUGGUGCAGCUCAUCCCAAAGCCUGUCUUGAGGAUUAGAACAAGUAGGAUAGGCUUGUCCACAAGUGGCCUUUAAGAAAACAUGGACAACAAUUCAUGUUUGAAUACUAACAGGGUGAAAAAUGAACAGUAUAAAAUGAAUCGCGUUUUAAGUGAUUCUUUUAAAUGAGUUUGACCUUUAGCAAGCAAACUUCAUAUGAUGGCAUAAUAAGAAAAUUGAGCGAUGGAACUUAAAAAAUACAGUAACAAUUUUGUGAAUGUCCCUCUUCCAUAGAAGAUUAAAAUAUGCUUUAACGGGAUAAAGGCAUAAAAGGGCAUUUGGUGGGCUUUUUGUUGUUUUUUGUUUUAAUCAAUGAGGGAACAAUUGUUAUGCAUAGCAUUAUAUUUAUCACAGUAUAAUAGAAGGUUCUAUAUUGAAGCAGGAUUGACCAAUAUUGUAAUAAUUGGCAUUUCAAUAUACCAAUAUUGUGAUGAGAUUAAAAUUUGCAAACACUAAUUUUUUUCACAAAAUAUUACACUUGCGGCAUUACUAUUAUCUCUGACUUCAGAAAUAUUGGUCAUUGUCUAGACAUUGUAUAAUAUUGGAUUUUGAGCUGUAAGUCCAGUAUUCAAAAUAACAAUUAAAAAGGGGGGAUAAGUUCAAAAUGUUAAACAAAGUGCAAUAUUUAAUGUUUGCUUUAUAGAUUAUAUUCAGUGGCUGUUUGUACUAUAUUUUCUUUCUUUUUUCUGUUUUUAGUUUGGUGCUGAAUAUGUCUCUGUAGAUUCUGUUCAAGAAAACGAAUUGUGGAAAACAAUUUAAUUUUUCCUAUUGCUCUUCCUUGUGGAUAAUAAACUUUUUUUUAUAUAAAGCAA